CGGGGCGGGCUGCGCUCGGUGCCCGACGGGCCGGGCAAGGCAGGGCGGCCCCAGGUGCGCCGGCUGCCGGCCGCUCCCCCGCGGAGGAAGGGCGCGGGAAGCCCCGCUCCCUGGGGGCACCCCGGUCCCCCCUUCUCCCGCCUCAUUUGCAUGGCUCUUAUUACGGCCGUGCCUCGCUCCUGCAGCGCUGACACCGGCGGGCUGGAGAGCGGAGCCGCCUGCAGCGGGCAGCGCGCUUCCCUCCUUCCCUUCCCCGCCCCGCCUCGCCCGCUCCCCCGCCUCAAGCUCGCUCUCUCUGGAUGUUUAAGGCGAGGAUGAACAAACAGAUCCAGCCCGACCGCAAAGUGUCGGUGGUGGCCCCUUUGCCGGAGCGCCCGGGGCCGCCUCCCCCGCGGAAGGACGUGGAGCUGAUCCUGGUGAAGGAGCACAACGGCGUGCAAUACACCAGCAGCAACCUCCUGCCCGCCGCCCCCGCGCCCCGCUACGGCCCCCAGGACAGGGAGACGUGGGGCAAGAAGAUCGACUUCCUUCUCUCCGUCAUCGGCUUCGCCGUGGACCUGGCCAACGUCUGGAGGUUCCCCUACCUCUGCUACAAAAAUGGAGGGGGUGCUUUUCUUAUUCCCUACAUCCUCUUCCUAAUCAUUGCUGGAAUGCCCCUGUUCUAUAUGGAAUUAGCACUGGGACAGUACAACCGAGAAGGAGCUGCCACUGUGUGGAAGAUCUGCCCAGUGUUCAAAGGUGUAGGCUACGCAGUGAUACUCAUAGCUCUUUACGUGGGUUUCUACUACAACGUUAUCAUAGCUUGGUCUCUAUAUUAUCUAUUUUCAUCAUUCACAUUUGAGCUCCCCUGGACGAACUGCGACAACAGCUGGAAUAGCCCAAACUGUACAGAUCCCAAACUCUUCAACGCGUCAGUGCUUGGCAAUGGCACCAAAUACUCCAAGUAUAAGCUCACUCCUGCUGCUGAAUUUUAUGAGCGAGGAGUUCUGCACCUGCAUGAAAGCCGUGGAAUCCAUGACCUUGGCUUGCCUCGCUGGCAACUUUCCCUCUGCCUCUUGGUGGUGGUAAUCAUUCUUUUCUUUAGUCUGUGGAAAGGAGUGAAGACUUCAGGAAAGGUUGUAUGGAUAACAGCCACUCUGCCUUACGUUGUAUUAUUUGUCUUGUUAAUACAUGGAAUAACCCUGCCUGGCGCAUACAAUGGAAUAAAUGCAUAUCUGCAUAUAGAUUUCAGAAGAUUGAAAGAAGCCACAGUAUGGAUUGAUGCAGCUACUCAGAUAUUUUACUCCUUAGGAGCUGGGUUUGGUGUUUUAAUUGCAUUUGCCAGUUACAAUAAGUUUGACAACAACUGUUACAGGGAUGCUUUGCUGACUAGUACCAUUAACUGUGUCACAAGCUUCAUCUCAGGAUUUGCAAUUUUCUCCAUACUGGGCUAUAUGGCUCAUGAGCACAAAGUUAAAAUUGAGGAUGUAGCCACUGAAGGAGCUGGUUUAGUUUUCAUCCUCUAUCCAGAGGCAAUUUCAACUCUCUCGGGAUCUACAUUUUGGGCUGUGGUAUUCUUCAUCAUGCUCCUUACUCUUGGCAUUGAUAGUUCUAUGGGUGGAAUGGAGGCUGUCAUCACUGGCCUGGCAGAUGAUUUCCAUAUUCUGAAGCAGCACAGAAAGCUCUUCACCUUUGGUGUUUCAUUUGGCACUUUCCUUCUUGCCCUUUUUUGCAUCACCAAUGGUGGAAUUUAUGUGCUCACGCUUCUGGACACAUUUGCAGCUGGGACUUCAAUAUUGUUUGCUGUUUUAAUGGAGGCGAUUGGAGUUUCCUGGUUUUAUGGUGUAGACAGAUUCAGUGAAGAUAUCCAACAAAUGAUGGGCUUCAAGCCAGGCCUCUACUGGAGACUGUGCUGGAAGUUUGUUAGCCCUGCUUUUCUGUUGUUUGUUGUAAUAGUCAGCAUAAUAAACUUCAAACCUCUGACCUAUGACGACUACACCUUCCCUCUCUGGGCAAAUCGCAUUGGCUGGGGAAUAGCAUUAUCUUCAAUGAUACUUGUGCCUGCCUAUAUUAUCUAUAAAUUUGUGAAUGUGCGUGGGACCUUUAAAGAAAGACUAGCUUACUGCAUCACACCUGAAAAUGAACAUCAGCUCGUGGCCCAAGGAAACAUCAGGCAGUUUAAGCUUCAACACUGGCUAACAAUAUGACAACCAACAGGUUGAGGGAAAAAAUAAAAUCAAUGUUAAAGCUAAACUGGGAAUACAGAAAAGUCAAGUUCAAAGCUCCCUCAAUGAUGCUUGGACCAGGCUGGCUCAGAGCUUACCUACUGACUCUUUGAGGGAAGACGUCUGCUCUCUGUUCUCAAUGCCUCCCUUCUAUUACUUGGCUUCAAAUGAUCUUUAAAGACUCUGUUUAUUUUUUCUUGUAUCUUUUGGUGCCAUGAGAUCCCUACGUGACCAAAACUUGUGAGUUUUGCUAUUAGCAGAAGUGGAGGAGGGGGGAGUAGAGAAAAAAAAAAAGCAAUCACAGUACAUUAAAUGCUCCUUUAUCAUGAAGAAGCAAAUUCAACUUUUCUGACAGUAAUAAUUACUGCAGAUAUGAUCUGAUUUAAACCAAGAACUGAAUGUUCUUAGAUCUAAGAAAGGGUACAUCUCAAUUGUGAGGAAAGAGCAACUUUACCUAUGUAUUAAUGUCAUUAGCUUUCUUGCCAUGCUAUCCUUUGGGAUAUGAGUUUGCAUCCUUCUGAAAUGAAGACUCAGUACUUCAUUUUCAGUGGUUUGUUAUUAAUUUCUUCUCUUGGUGAAGAAGGUUGUCUUUACUGUACAUGUCUGUGCCAUUUUCUGUCCAUUUAAUCCUACAGGCUGAGAAGUAGCAGGAACAGAACAGAACCCUUGUAGGAGCUACUAAGUACAGAAUCCAGUUUAAUAUCACACUGUACUUAGUGAAAAUAUAUUAUGACAACAAUUAAAAUGGCUUUAUCAUACGAUCCAUACUUUACUGACUUUUUCAGUUAAUUGUAAAACAUUUCAUACAAAUAGUCAUACAUUCAACUUUUUGUUUUACUUUGUGUCAAAUAGAGUAGCAUAUAUAAAAUACAUAGAAAGAGAUAAUGAUUUUUAGAAUUAUUUAAAUCUACCCAGAAGCACCAAAAUACCAAACUUUAGUUUUAUUCUUCUAUUGUAAGCAAAGUGUUAUUAUUAUUAUACUCUUACUGGAUUCACCUACCAAAACAUAACAAGAUUGUACUGAACAGCUUAGAAGGAUAAGUCUAUUCCUGCUCUUCUCUGGUAGCAUUAUGCAAGCUAAAAGAUACAGAAUAAACUCUGCAUUUGGGUGCUGUCCUCAUUCUGUGGCACAUACCACUGUAGCAUGUUCCCAGUGAUCAGUAGAUGUGGUUGCUCAGUUACUUCCUGCAGUUAUUUAUUACUCGAUAAGCUUUUUCAGAAGCUGUAGCUUCUCAACUGAAUCCAGCCUGGAGUUUACCUCUGGACUUUACCUCUCGUAUUUUUUUCUUUUUGUUUUGUUUUGCCUCUGUAUAUUCAGUUCAGCUUCUUUUCUUUAAAUGUAUGUAGUGCUUCUUUUUAAAGAGAUUGCUUUAAAGGAUGGAGCUUUUUUUUUUUAUUAUUUAUAAACCAAUUGUUGGGGGUUUCUGUGUUUUUUUUUUCCUCCCCUAUUCUUAAAAUAGUCCAAUUUAAAAGCCCCAAGCGAUUUUAGCCUUUUUUAUUUAGCUUCGAUUUCUCUUCAAAAUAACAGUAAGAAAACUUCUCUCCUUAUUCAUCCUUUUCCUCCAACAGAAUCGAUACUUUGGAAAGGAUCGAGCACGAUCUCUUCUUCUUAAAGAGACUGUGUGACAAAGCAGAGGUUUUAUUUAAAUAUGGCUUUGAAUCCAAAGGAAAUUGUCUACUACUUAUAAAGGCAGACAUUUUCUGGCCCAGCUGAUGGCCAAUAGUGGCUUAAACCAUGUUAUUAAAUAUAUUUCAAUAAUAAAGGAGUUUCAAAAGGUUGCUGUUCUAGUUCUGUAAUUAUCUGAAAGUCCAUACAAUGAAAGUGUCGAUUGCUCCAAAGAACAGGGGAAAAGGAAAAAAAAAAAAAAAAUACAACCCACCAUUCCACCAGCUUUAUAGGUAAUCCCUUUUUUAUUGUUUGCGAAACUUUAAUUGUUAUAAAGCUUACUUUUCAAUACAGCUGCUUCAGUUAUUGGAUCUGCGAGGUUCAGAAAUCUAACAAAGUUACCAAGUUCCAAAACUCUUGGAAGGCUCUUUGAUGUGGAGCUUUAACAGCUACUCACAUCAUUUAUGGUUUUGCUCAUAUCUGUAAAUGCUAACAACCUGUACCAAUGCUCACUUGUAAGACACCCCACUAGCACUCACACAGAAAAUGUUGUUUCAUGACCAGUUGGCUCUGAAAUAGGUCAAAUUUAUUUAACGGAGAGUGAAAUAAGCUGCAUCCAGCAUUUCAGGGUUUGACUGCAUUUUAAAUACCAACUUCCAAGGUAGCGAUCCACUUCAUUAUUUUUAUUGCUGUUAUUGCUUAACUUCUUAAGUUUACUAUAAUACUUAGAGCACUUAGAGGACUCCACUGCACCGUUGCCACCUCAUUCUGAACUUGGACAGACAAAGCUUAUCAUCUAAACAGAAAACAGGGAAAUCACAGAGAGAAAGAAAUCUAUCACCAGGAAUAGCGCUAAUGAAAAAGAUAGUUCAUGAUGCAUUGCACAGCUCGGCUUUAAGUUCAAGAUUUUGUCCAGAGAAAGUCUCUCCAAAAUGACAGCUUCUGUCCUAGAGAUGGAGAGCAACGUUCUUGAUUCCCAUAGAAUAAGAUGCUCAACUACCUCAUGCCUCCUUGAUGAUAAAUGAUGCUGUUAGAAACAAACUAAUAUCCUUUCAAGUAACAAAAAAGCUUUAAGAAGACUGGGUAUAUAAAAGCAGGCAAAACUCUGGUACUCAGCUUCUUUCAGACUCCAGCUUUGAGCUCCCUAAUACAUUUUCAAUACUGAAAAUAUCAAAUGCCACUAAGAUACUCAUUUUCAUUUAGUUCAGCCACUGUCAGUAAGAUCCCCCAGUCAGGUUCUUAUUAACCAGGUAAUUACCUGCAAGUCUUCCUCCAAGGAAGUCUUGGAUUUUCAGCCAAGCAGUAGCUCAUCAUUUCCCCAUCUACUGUGGGAGCAGAUACACUCUGGGGACUGGUUCUCCCCAAACAUCUCCCUUCAAUGAUAAGUUACGCUGAUGAAGUAAACAGCCCAAUUCCAAAAAAUAAAGUUUUGAUUGCAAGCACAUUCAAGAUGCAAUGUCAUCAACAGUUGGCUGUUUUGGUAGCGAGGCCACGGAGAAAAUUGGGUGAAGCAUAUGAAUAGAUAGCUAAACAGUUCUAGAAAAACACAGUCUUGAAAGCUUUGUUUUAAUCCAAUAAAGGCAGCAGCUGUCAUACAUCAGCAUCUCAUUUCUGACCAACCUUCCUUUCUUCCCUGUCACUGAAAAAGACCUGCCUGAAAUCCUCGCUGCUUUACCAAGUCUUGAAGUUAACUAAUGCCAAAGAAAGAUCCUCUAUUUUACCUUGUACUUCUGCUGUCAUCCAGCAGGAUAAUCUUUCCUACAGUUGUUACUUUUCUGUAGUUAAACUACUAAAACUCCAGGGUUUUAGAAUCUAGUAGAAAGAUGGUGGGCCCUUCAUGGGCAACAGCCCAUAAAGCAAUAGUUGUAUUUUGUGUUUGGUCUCUGAACCAAAGCUUUUUUAGUCAGUCUUUCUUGUGCUCUCAUGUGCUGAUGCAUACACCCUGGCAACACUUGAAAGAUAUCUUACCAUAGUGAGGGGUUUUGCAGGAAAUCCAGGAUCAAACAUAAUAUUUUAAAUAUAGAAUAUAGGAGGAGAAAUUCUUGGCUGUUACUAUCGUACAUGUUCCCUAACUGCACGUGCAAUGUAUGUUGUAUGUAAUUUCCCCAGAGGAAGUUCCCUAUAAUUGGCCAUUUCUUCCUAGUAAAAUAACUUUUAAGCGCUAUUAUUAAAUAAGUCAAGCUCAAACAUCUUGUGUAUAUACACACUCCCCUGGUCUAUUGUUUUGACAUGAAUUAAGUUUACUUUGGACUGUUAGGUUGUAGGAGGAGGGCACGUAGAAAGUCAUUUUUCUUUUAAUGCCUAUUUUACAGUUCUUAUGAUUAAUACAGUUGUCAUUAAGAUACUUUCUUUUUUGGAGCUGGUAGCUUUUCUUCUUGUCCUGGACUGAUUCUGCUAAGUUUCAUGAGGCAUUGGCAAACAAUCUCUUUCCUAACAUCCAAAUUUAAACCAUAAAUCGGGGACUUCAGAAGAGAUGAGGCUUACAAAUGUCUUAUUUAUUUUGUCCAGUUAAAAUAUUUUAAAUGGGCCUGAGGUUCCCAGACAUAAACAGCUGUCACAGCUCCAAUGACAGCAUAUAAGUCUACCUGAAGGAAUUAUGUCUGCAUUUUGAGCCCCUCAGUAAAAUAUAUAUUUUCUAAUACGUUUUACUUUCUCAUGGGCUAAGGAUAUUCAGUGUCCACAGGUUAGCUGAUGUGCCAGAACUUGAUCUCCCUGUAUUAAACCAUGAUAUUUCAGGUUGGUACCACCAAAAAAAAAAAAAAGAAAAAAGAAAAGAAAAAGAAAAAACAAACAAAGAAACAAAAAAACCCCACAUUUGGCUAAGGUAUCAGGAUACAGUUAUUUUAGAAACACUUUCAAACACUUUCUAGAUGUUUUACUCAAAAAGAAAGUGUCACUUAGUUUCAGAGAGGCUCAGAGAAGGAAAAGGUUGCAUCUUGAAGAUCUAUUUCAAAUGUUUCUGCUCUAUGGAAAAGGAUUCAUUUUAUUCAACCAUCUCAGUCCUUCUGACAGACUGGAAUGGGAGAAAAUACCAAGCACUUGCUUCACUCUACUCCACGUUCUUGAUUUUUGCCAGCCAUCAGACAAGGGUGCUCAAAAUAACCAAGUAAGCAUGUGUAUGUUCUUUAUUUGUGAUUAAAAAUACAGUUGCUUGGUUUUGACUGCUUAAGUUUACCCAGGGAACAAGAAGACCUGAACACCAUGUCACAUGUGGAGAAACUGCUACUAAGGCAAAAUGUUUCACAUUUUAUACGUUGUUCAUAGCAAAAAUUACAGAAGUCCAAGAGCUGGUAAUUCAUACAGCAGUAAUGUACACUGCCUGAGAACAAAUUUAGACAUCUACAUACAUCAGAUCUUGACCACUAUCAAGACAGAUGUGUCAACCAGCAGAUUGAUAUCACCAGCUGCUUUUGAUGUCAGAAUUUGAUCACUUUUCCUUUGCCAUCUAAAACCUGAAUAUAUUCAUCCACCCUACGGCUCACCUAGCAAAAGCACACAGAAAUUGAAGUAACAAAAAUCACAACUACUCAGCGGAACUGCUCUCCUUUGAAGGAUGCCUACACACCUCAGUGUAAGUGCUGAGCAAUGGUUGGAGACAGAUGGAGGCAGGGAACAGGCAGGAAGGCUGAAGUCAGAGCCUAGCCUUCACUCAGAGGAACCAUUUCUAUACUGCCAGUUGUAUGUUGAGGGCAGCAGGCAUUUCUGUGCUUAAGCACUGACAGGAAGAUUGGGCCACCUGUGUGUUAUGCUUUCCUCCUUUUUAAAAGUGUUUUUUUUUUUUUUUUUUUAAUGCCAUGUUGGACAACAGUUGCUUAAUUUCUUUAAUGAGGGUAGCAGAAUAAUUUCAGCAAGCUAAGAAAAUCACUAAGCCUUAAGCUGGCUCUCUUAAAGGUCUCAUGUUGUUUCUUGGUCACAGUCAGAGUGACCUGUAUUUGUAAUUAGUUACAUUGCACUCUCUGAACCUAUCUGCAGGACUUGUUUGUGCCAUGGGUAAUAUUAGUUGUUGAGGGAGUAUCUCCAAAUAGUAUAUUUUGAAAAUAACUUCAAAUAGGCCUAAUGAAGAUUUGCCUUACAGAUAAAAGCUUUAUAGUGAGCAUUUACUUGGUUUGCACCAAUGUUUUUUCUUAAUUUUUAAUGCAUUUUAUAGCAGUGACUAGAGUUUACCUUGGAUAAGAGUACCUCUAUAUAGGAAAUAUUUUAAUAUUUUUACAAGUUUUUGUUUGUGUUUUUUUUUUUUUAAUUUUAAUAAAACAUAAGUAUAAAUUGUAAGGCAAGAAAUUCAACAUUAGUGUAACAAGGUUAUCACACAGGACCUCUCUCUCCAUUAUAAGGUUUUGUAAUUAAGCAGUCUAGUUUAACAGCACCUUGGUCUUUGAGUAUAAAUGUUAACAUGAGAUAAAAGAAUAAAAAAAACAUUAUCUACAGCUAAUGCACAUUGUAGCACAAUAUUCUCCACUGUUGCCUUACUUUCAUAAGAGAAAUUUAUAUAGUUUUUAAUUUAUAUUCUUAAAACAAAAAAACAAACAAACAAAAAAGGCAACCUUUAGCUGCAUUUUUUGUUAGAAGACAUAACAUUAAACUAAAUGAGUAUCAAAUAGAUCUACUUCCAAAGCAGGAGAUUACAUUGCAGUUUUUAGGAAUAAAUUCUCACAGGACUUCAGAACUUGCCACUCAUAAAAAUAUUCUCCGAAGUGCCCCAGUGACCAAAAGUGUCCUAACAGCCAUAAUGUUUCCAUGUCUGAUUCAGUGCAAUCUGCAGGUCCAUUUCCCCCCCCUGCCCCCACCUUUGUUGUUUAUGGUGGGUUUUUGUUUAUUUUUUUAAAUCUUUGAUUAUCUGGGGGAAAUGGCAUUCUACUUUUUUUUUUUUUUUUAAAGGGAGACACAUGCCCUUGUGUGUAACUACAAAUACCUACAUUUCUUAUAAAUAUGGAUAUGGAUGUGCGUGAUGUGUGCUGGUUAACUGUACUUAAAAUGCUGAUAAAGAUGGUGAAUGUUAAGUAUUUGUCCUCAUUCUUCUGUCUUUCUGUGGUCAGUGUAAAUAAGACCUGUUUUAAGCUGUGCAUUAAUGUAACAGAUUAUUCCAAUAUUGUGUAUAAAAUUAAGUAAAAAAUAUCUGACAAAUAUGCACAUAAAGAAUAUAAAGAAAAGUCUUAUGUACCAAGAAUUUACUUAUGGCAGUCAAUUAAAAGCUGAAAUGAAAA